UGCCGAGCCGAGAAGUUCGUGACGAAUCGAAUUUACUGUAAGUUCGCUCAUCUCUAAUUGGAAUCUUCAAUAGAAAUCCUAGAAGCACAUGAUCGGGGGAAAAAACACACACAUACUAAUACACGUUACUAUAGAGGAAAAACUCUGAAAAAAACUGCAUCAUGGAGAAGAUUAGAAAGUAUGCCUUAGGCUAUGUUCAGACGGCAAUUCCGCACAGAUUACGUUCAGCAAGGUUCACCGAACGGAAUUGCGGAGUUUACGUUUUCUGCCACGGAAUUCCGCAAAAUAUAAGACCGGUCUGAUAUUUUUAUGGAAAGAGGAAUUUCUUUGGCGGAAGGCCCACCACGGAAAUUCCGCUGUCUGAAUGGAACUGCGGAAUCCCAUUGAAGUCAACAGGCUGCACGGUAAUUCCCCUAUGUGAACAUAGCCUAAGAGUGGAGGUAGGAGCACAUUAGGGAGAAGCGGCUGACCUGUAUACAGAGAUGUCUCCAGUGAUGGGGCUCCGGUCCCAGAAGAUGUCAGCCAGGCCGGGUUAUGGGGAGGAUCCAGUGUGAUCCCAGGUGCGCUGGUCACAUGAUCCUCCCCCAUUACUACCUAUAUAAAGGGGCUCAUAGAGUCUGGGCCAUCAGAUUGAUCAUUGUGUCCGGUGCUGGGUGAGGAGCAGAGACAUCACAUAACACUAUGGCUCUAUCAGAUGCUGAGAAGGCGGCUUUGGUCUCUGUGUUGGAUGAGAUAAAACCUAAAUUUCAGGAAAUUGGAGCUGAAGCCAUGGAAAGUCUCUUCAAGGACCAUCCAGACACCAAGUCCUACUUCAGUCAUAUGGACGUGACUCCCGGCAGUCAGGAUCUAAAGACACAAGGAGGGAAGGUCAUGGACGCCAUUUAUGAUGCACUGAAGAACUACGGAAAUCUUCAUGAAAACUUGGCCAAACUCCGGGAGCUGCACACGACCAAGCUGAAACUCAAUGUGGACACCAUCAUGCUCCUGUGUACGUCUCUGGUGCCGGUUAUAGUCAAGCAUUGCUCUACAGCCGACAGCUCUGCCUGUGAGAAGUUCCUCCAUGAUGUUGCCAAAAACCUGAUUGAGGCCUAAAUGGAAAAGCUGAAGACCAGGAGGACCUUGGCAGGAAUAGCUAUGUUCUGUCUUAUUAAAGGGGUACUCCGCCCCUAGACAUCUUGUCCCCCGCGAUCUCCCUGCUGCACCCGGCAUUCCUUUAGAGCGUCCGAUACAGUGCCAAAGGCCAC